CUGCUCUCUCCCAGCACCUCCACACACCUCGCCAUCACAACAAUACGCCGACCACCACCUGCCGCCGCUCCCUUUGGUGUUGCUGUGGGCACAACACCCCAUCACGCGACGGCCAUUCCGUGUUAGGACGUUAAGCGCCGCGUUCUUGCCGCCUGCCGCCUGCCGCCUGUCGUCCCUUGCUCUGCAAGCCGUCAUGAGGCAGGAACUCCCGUGUCCUGUCCCAUAUAUGCGUGAUGACCAGUAAUGGCGACCUGAACGCAUCUCUCGACACCCUUCGAAGCCCGCGCACCGACUCUGGCGACGCUGUCCAGCCUGCACCCAAGGCCGCCUCACCCUCAGCCAAAGAAAACGUGCCAGUCACGCAGAAUGUCGACCACGAUGACAAUGAGUCCGAGGCUGAGACGGUCGUUCUUUCCAGAGACGAUGAGUCGAACGAGAAGAAGGUGAUCAAGACUGAGCGCGACGAAAAUGAAUCAGCGCGGCUCGACUCCAUCAAAGAAAACACGCACUCGCAUUCACCGCAAAACGGCCGCAGACGUUCCAGCGAUGUCAAAACCCCCAAAUUGAACGGACACGCCAAAGAUGGUUCUGACGAUGCAAAGAGCCCUGUGCCUACCUCUCCAAGCACCACUUCGCGGCAUACUAAAGACACCAGCCCAGCUGGGUCGCCCACUCAUUCCACACUGUCUCCUACGCAGACCAUUGUGAGAGGCCGUAGCGCGUCUACGGUCGAGAGCCGAAAGCGCAAGCUGCGUGACGAGUUCGGAAAGCUGGAGCCUCCACGUCAAAAAGCCAAGACAGAAGGGCUAAAGGACCGUACACAGCCCAACUCGCCCGCGACAGGAGCUUUCGGCCGUCCACACAAGCGCUCGCAAUCGACACAGUCCGUUGUCUCUGGUGCCGCAGGACGCAAGCGCAGAGAUGUGCCAGGUUUGGCUGUUUCAACCGAACGCUACUCGGAUUCCAGCUCUGAGCGUUCAUCUUCGCCACGAGCUACAGAUGCAAACCCACACACUCGUGUCAAGCGCGCCACACAUCGGGCACUGACUUCUCCAGCGCGGACGAUGCCCCACGGCCGGAAGACCGAUAGAUUCGGUGCGACGCGACUGGCGAGAGAAAGCGAAAAAGGCGAUCUGGAUGCUGUCAAGGCAGCUUACGACGAAGCUGAAGGCGAGCUUGACCAAGCCGAUUUUGCUGGUAUUACUCCUCUGCAAAAGGCUGCCCUAAACGGAUGGGCCGAAGUCGUGGAAUUUCUCAUCGAAAAAGGCUGUCGAACAGACUGCGAAUCUGGGGACCGUGACACACCUCUCAUCGAUGCCGUGGAGAAUGGGCACCUGGAAGUCGUCAAGCUUUUACUCAGCAAAGGACACGUCAAUCCACACCACCAGAAUAAGAAGGGGCAGCGUGCUAUCGAUGUUCUUGACCGCGAAGACGAGGAUUGCGAGGAAAUCGAAAAGGAGCUCAAGGAAGCCAUGAGACGCCAGACAGAUACUUCCAUGACCGAGCAGCGCGAGAGACCCGCACAGAAGCAAGCGAAGAGUGCUUCACGGCUCCUCUACAACGAAUACAAUGUUGAGACCUUGAUCGAGAAAGCUGCCGAUGGCGAUAUCUCUGCCGUUGGAGAGCUCCUCAACAGCAACAUCAAGCCAAACAUUACUUGUGGAGUUGCUGCAGCAAGAGGUGGACAUUACGACAUUCUCAGUAUCAUGCUUGCCAGUGGCCUGAAAGCAGACCCCGAUCCUUCGAAGCACCCCGAGACGCCUAUGACCGUUGCCAUUGGACGAGGCCAUAUCAAGAUCGUUACCUUGUUGCUGGAGCAGGACAACUUCAACCCCACCCGGCGAAACAAGGAAGGCAAGACCUACUGGGAGAUUGCCGAGGAACGAAGAGGCCCCAAGUGGGAGGAAGAGAGGGACAUGCUCAAGCAAGCCAGCGAUGAUUACAGCGCGACACACAGAAGUCCAAGGCGAGCCAAGAAAGAGGCACCGAACCCAGCAGCAGCGCGAAUGAAGCGCAAAUCCUCACCCCGCAGAGAGCGCUCGCAUUCACCUCGACCGGAUGCGAAGCGUACUCAGUUGAAGAAGUCAGAUUCAAACUCGGCACCGCAGAAAGCUAGGCGCCUAAAAUCCGGUACGGAGGUGAAGAGGCGAAAGCGGGUCGUGAGUGACGAGUCCUCCGACGAUGAGAGCGAGGACGAAGUACGAGCGCCGACACGAAAAUCCAAGCAACGGUCGUUCAGUGAAGGCGAGGAGGGCAAGCCUAUUAAGAAGCCGCUCAAAGCACGCUCAGACGAUAACGAAACAACAAAACGCUCAGCACGCGCAAGGUCAAAUGAAAGUGACGAAGAGAACGAUGCGAAGUCCUCACCACCAAAGGUCCACAAGAAGAUCGAGAAGAUUGCCAGCGCCAGGCCUACGCCGGAGGUCGAAUCUACGGAUGAACGCAAGCCCCCCAAGAAUAAGAUCAAGUAUCGUCCGAUCGAUGACAAGAUCAAGAAGCGACGGUUGUCAGAUGCAUCGACGGACGGCCAUGUCGCCAAGAGAACCCCUACUGCUUCCGCGAAGUCAACACCCGCGCCUCCAGAGAGGAUUGCAACUCCAGAGGUUCUGCGCGAACGUCGCGCCGAAGAGCAACGGUUAGAAGCAGAAGCAAAGCGCAAAGCUGCUGAAGCCGAAGCCCGGAAGGCAGAGGAAGAGGAAACUGCUCGCAAAGCAGCAGAAGAAGAAGAAGCUCGUAAGAAGGAAGAGGCGGAAGCAAAGGUCAAGCGCGAAGCCGAGGAGGCCGAGGCUAUCCGUAAGCAGGAAGAGGAAGACGCUCGCAAGCACGCCGAGGAUGAAGCCAAACGACAAGAGGAGCUUGCUGCUCGACAAUUACGAGUUACGAAACUUCCACGAGCACUGCGACGUGCCUGUGAACUGGGCACUGAACGACCUUUACAUUUCUCUGGCGAGGAAUUGGGUGUAUCGCCAGUGUUUCUUCCCCUCCUGUAUGCCACGGCUAAGGAUCUUCGCGAACCAAGCGCCGCCUCCGACAAGACCUACAUCUGCUCUUUCCAGGUCGUGGGAAUCCUCGGAUUGCCCGAACUCGAUCUCGCCCAUCUGUCCGCUCCAUACUCUGAUUGGUACCGCAUUCCCGUGACGCGUAAGCAGCGAGAUGCUAUCUUACGGCAGUACGAUGUCGCUCUUCUCGCUCAGGACUUCCGCUUCCCGAUGGAGGGCUCGCCUGACUUUGAUUACAUCAAGAUCCAAGAAAGCAUCAGAGAGGCCAAGAACCAGUUCCUGGCUAUGGAAGGGCUGUACUGGGUGGAAGAAUCGCUCCUGAGCUCGGAGAUCGAGAAGGUUGAGACUCUGCGGCCUCUGCUUGGAAACAUCAAAUCUGAGUGCAAGAGAAGACGUCUACACAUCGUCGAUCUGGAUGACCAUAAGCUGGAGAAGAAGCACAAGCCAAGAAAGAGCUUCAUGGAUAUGGUCCUGGCACAGAACAAGCUGAACGGCGUCACCGUCAAUGGGAAGGGGUGAACAGCUAUCGACACGAAUGGAAACCCACACAUGACGCUACGCAAUCCAGCACGCCGCCUCGCCAGCUUCGAGCAGAGCUGCCCCCAGAGUCCUUCAUGAAGGAGUGCGGCGAAGAGGUCUAUGGUCGAAGUCACGAAGACAGGAAACGAUUGGGACGGAUUGGAGGGAGAGGUGUCCUUGCAUCGGUCUUCUGAAUUGUCGUACCUACCAAAAAGGGAGGAAACUGGCAAAUAAGGCCAACAACAAUUGUAUAUAGUAUCAAAUGUCAUGCGGAUGAUGACUAC